AUGACUCAGCCCAAGUGCUUUCUCGCCGAGAGGAGGGGAACAGCUGCUGACUUGGAAGAAAUGUGGCGUGGCAACAAGGGGGAUGAGAAAGCGCAAGUUGGGAGGCGGGAGACCCUUCCAGUUGUUAUGGAGUCUCGUACCAACCAAAACCCCCCUCAGAGGUCUGUUCUUGGGGUGCUGAGUGAAAAUGAGCAGUGUCUGAGAUCCUGCAGCCAGGGCACUACUGCAGUGAGAUGUUUCUCUGGAUCUGAAAACAUCUUUCCUGUUCCUGGAAAGAAUGUAUUGGCCACUGGUGUGUCCUCGAAGCAGGGCUUCACUGUUUAUGUAGAUGAAUUAGAACAGAAAAAUACCCACAACAGUUCGGCUAUAGAAGAUGUGGAGCCAAGCAUGUGUGAAGUUGACACCACUACACUGAAACCCAGCUUUCACCUGCUGUUGGACUUGAGUACAGUGUCUCCAAUGUUGGUCGAUACAUCACUACAGUCACAAUAUGAAGAUCCCCGUGGUCACAAAGUGGAUAUUGUGGGCAUUGGAGAAUAUGCUGAAGAUAUUCAUUGCUACCUGAGAGAGGCUGAAGUCCGAUACAGGCCAAAGCCUUGCUACAUGAGGAAGCAGCCAGAUAUCACCACCUGUAUGCGCACAAUUUUGGUGGACUGGCUGGUGGAAGUUGGAGAAGAAUACAAGCUUCACACAGAGACCCUGUACCUUGCUGUAAACUACUUGGACCGCUUUCUCUCUUGCAUGUCUGUCCUUCGAGGAAAACUGCAGCUUGUAGGAACAGCAGCAAUUCUCCUAGCUGCGAAAUAUGAAGAAAUCUAUCCACCAGAGAUAGAAGAAUUUGUAUAUAUAACAGAUGAUACCUACACCAAAAAACAGUUAUUGAGAAUGGAACACUUGCUUCUCAAAGUCCUAGCCUUCGACUUGACAGUCCCAACCAUCAACCAGUUUCUUCUUCAAUAUUUACAGAGGCAUGGUGUCUGUUUGAAGACUGAGAAUUUUGCGAGGUAUGUAGCAGAACUGAGCCUACUUGAAGCUGAUCCAUUCUUGAAGUAUCUUCCCUCACAAAUGGCAGCAGCUGCUUACUGUCUAGCAAAUUAUACUGUGAACAAGCAUUUUUGGGUAAGUCUGCUUCUGGCAUGCUACACUUUUCACUUUACUGGCUUCUCGCUAAGUGAGAUAGUGCCUUGUCUGAGUGACCUGCAUAAAGUCUGCCUUGAUGCUUCUCAUCAGCCACAGCAAGCGAUAAGAGAAAAAUACAAGAUGACAAAGUACAUGCAAGUAUCCCUCCUGGAACCACCAGCUGUCUUACCUCUGCAGUGA